GCUUGUUUUCAUUAUACGUUGUGUUAUAAGCAGAGUUCAUGGUUUGAACUUGAUAGAUUCGACUUUUAAGUUUCUUGACAGUGAAUUCAUGGUACUAUAUUAUUGACUAUUGUAAUUAUGUGGUCAGAAUUUGAUGUUUGUUGAAAUUUUAGUGUAUUUUUUUAAAUAUAUAUCUAUACUUCAUGUCGUUAUUUCUAUUAUUUUUUGUUGAUAGUACUCAUGUAUUGUCUCUCUUUUCAUCUUCUUGAUUCUGCCUACACUCUACCUUCUCGUCUAGUGUCGUGUUAUGUUUGUUGAGAUGCUACGUUUUAGGAAUUUACUUUUUCCAUUGCCAAUAUGAACCACUUUUUUUGGGUCGCAGUGUAUGUUUGUUCAUAUUUGUACAAUUUUCUAGAAUCAGUUGAUGCAUUUUGUUGAAAAUUUUAGUGGUGGUCUUCACUUCAUACCAUUCUGAUGUGUCUUUGCUGUGACAGGUUUUUCUAUUUCAGAGGAAUGUUGAUUAUGGUGUUUGCAAAUUGUUUUCUCAAAAAAGGCAAUUUGGAAGUUUUCUUAAAUAUAUAAACAUUUAGAGUGGAGGGAUUUUGAAGAUAAAGAAUUAGUGGAAGGGCGGUGGUUUCAGUGGACAGCAAGUGGGGUUGCCUCAGAUUUUCAGAACUAUGAUUAGCAUUUUUUGCCAGACGCAGAGUCUGUUGGUUGCGAUUUAAAUACUAGCAUUGGCUAGCAUUGGCGGAUUCAGAAUUUAAACGUCGCGAGUUCUGAGUUGAAGAGUCAUUUCCUUCUUUUUGUUUGCUGAAUUAGUGGAAAGCUCCGAAUUGAAAUACCGGAGGUGAAGAGAAUUUGUCCCUGAAGAUGAAGUUUAUGAAACUUGGAUCCAAACCUGAUCAGUUUCAGACUGAAGGAGAUAAUAUCAGGUAUGUAGCAACUGAAUUGGCAACUGACAUGGUUAUCAAUGUUGGAGAUGUGAAGUUUUACCUCCACAAGUUUCCCCUUCUGUCGAAGAGUUAUAGCUUGCAGAAGCUGGUUGCCUGUACAAAUGAGGAAAACAGCGAUGAAAUCAACAUCCAUGAUAUUCCUGGCGGACCUGCUGCUUUUGAAGUAUGCGCAAAGUUCUGUUAUGGUAUGACAGUAACUUUGAAUGCAUAUAAUGUCGUUGCAGCUCGUUGUGCAGCAGAGUACUUGGAAAUGUACGAGACAGUUGAGAAGGGAAAUCUUAUCUACAAGAUUGAUGUUUUUCUUACAUCUAGCAUCUUUCGGAGCUGGAAGGACUCUAUCAUUGUUCUUCAGACCACAAAAGCUUUUCUUCCCUGGUGCGAGGAACUAAAGGUCGUUAGUCAUUGCCUGGAUUCCGUCGCAUCUAAAGCUUCCAUAGACACGUCAAAGGUGGACUGGUCUUAUACUUAUAACCAUAAAAAGCUUCUAUCUGAAAAUGAAAUUGAUCUGCACUGCGACGUAGUGAACAAGCAACAGCUUGUUCCAGAAGACUGGUGGGUUGAGGACCUUUGCGAGCUUCAUAUUGACUUGUAUAAACGGGUCAUAACAACCAUAAAUGCAAAAGGAAGGAUGUCUCCAGAAGCAAUAGGUGAAGCGUUGAAAGCAUAUGUCAACAGAAGGCUACCUGGAUUCAGCAAGGGUAAGAUACAGGGAAGUGAUCCUGAAAAGUAUCGGUAUCUGGUUGAUACGAUUACUUGGUUACUGCCCGAAGAGAAAAAUGGUGUUUCGUGUGGUUUCUUGAUCCGACUGCUGCAAGCAUCUAUUGCGUUGGAAUGUGGACAAACAGUGAGAAGUGAACUGAAGAGGAGGGUCGGCCUGCAGCUAGAAGAGGCAACAGUAGGUGACCUUCUAAUUCGAGCUCCAGAUAGUGAAACUAUUAUGUUCGAUAUUGACCUUGUACAAGACCUUGUAGAGCAGUUCAUGCUCCACCAAAAGAACGGUCAGAUUGAUUGUCCUGCAGAUAAUAGAUUCCCGGAUAUACUACCUGCGUUUGCAUCAGACCGUUCCAGGGUAAAGGUGGCUAGGAUAAUUGACGGAUACCUUGCUGAAGUUGCUAGAGAUCCAAAUCUACCUCUAUCGAAAUUUGUCAAUCUUGCAGAGUUGGUAUCUGGUUUCUCCAGACCAUCCCAUGAUGGGAUUUACCGUGCUAUUGACAUGUAUCUCAAGGAACAUGGGAUUACGAAAAGCGAGAGAAAAAGAAUUUGCAGGCUGAUGGACUGCAGGAAGCUAUCAGCUGAGGCCUGCAUGCAUGCUGUACAGAACGAGCGCCUUCCUUUGCGAGUAGUUGUACAAGUUCUGUUCUUUGAGCAAGUCAGAGCAACAACAUCAUCCGGCGGUGGCAGCACUCCCGACCUAACUAGAUCAGUUAAGGCUUUGCUCCCAGUGGGAUCUCACGGGAGCUCCACUUCUGUUACAUCCAACACUGACGAAGAUUGGGAUGCUGUGCCCACUGCCAAGGAACUUAAAGCUCUGAAAGGUGAGUUUGCUUCUCUAAGAUUGAGAGACAGGGAAGGUAACAAUGGUAGUGACUUGAACAACAUGAAAACAAAUGCGGAAAAAGUUGAUAGUAGCAAAGUGAAGGGUUCAAUGAUAUCGAAAAAGAUGUUCUCAAAACUGUGGUCAAAUAAAGAUAGACUAAGUGAGAAUAGCAGCUCAGAUACAUCAGAAAGCCCAUCAUCUUCAAAUGCAGGGGAAACAAAGUCUACCCCAUAUAGAAGUAGGAGGCAAUCUCUGUCUUAGUAUUAGCUGCAGAGCAGCCCCAGGAAUUUGGUUCAAUAGUAGGAGCAUAAUGUGUGAUCAGUGGAUUAGACGCACGUCAUGGGUUCGAAUCCUGCCGCGGACUAAAACCUGGUGUUUAAGUGGAGAAGAGUAGAGGGGUGGGCUCAUUACUCACCAACUUUCGAGCUGUGUGCUUGCUGGUCCUCGGAGAUUUCUCGGUUAUCAAAAAAAAAAAGGAUUAGCUGCUGAGCAAAUGAAGUUUUCCUUAGCAUGUUAAAUGUUUCACUACCUAUUGAAACUAGGAUUGUUGAAACUAAACCUGUCACUAACCCUGAAAUGGAAAAGAGAGACCUCUAAAUAUUUUUGUACUUAUUUGAUUCUAUUUCAUUUGCAAGGUAUAUCAGCUUAGGACUGCUACUGUAUCCUCUAAUUUCUAGCUUUUCCAAUGAACUCUAUAAUCCACCAAUAUGUAUAGCUUUUCACCGUGA